CAACAGGGCUCCCAUCUUCAAAGACUGGAAGAAAAUGCGGCUAUCUUUCAUAGCAUCGCCGGAGUCUCAUUCAAAAAAACUGAGAUGCUUAGCAGACGGAGCACAACCUAUCAAGUACCAUUGGCUGAAAGAUGGGAAAGCGAUAGUUCGUAACAUGAGGACAACUCUAUCGCAUUUGAAGUUAAGGAAACUUGUGCCACAAGAUAGUGGGCAAUAUACCUGUGUGGUUUCCAAUGCUUAUGGAACAAUAWAUCAUACGUACACUUUACAUGUGGUUGCAAAACCACGAUCCAGACCAACACUCCAAAGGAACCUUCCAAAGAACACAAGUGUGGCUUUAGGAGAUAACGCAACCUUGUCAUGUAUCGUGGUUGCUAGUGACACCUUGCCUGAUUUUAGGUGGCUCAAGUGGAAGCAGGUUCCAACGAYCUAUCCAUUACUGAACAUCGGUAUUGACAACAAAGCUUUCACAUUUAUCGACCUAAAGUAUUACGAUACGAUCAGAUCCGGUGACCGCUACGGUGUCAAAGUGACUAUUGUUAAUGUGACGGAAAAGGAUUUAGGGCUUUACACGUGUUUGGUCCGUAAUCACAUCGGCAGUGACCAUGUCAGCGCCUUCCUGAACAAAAAGAUCGAGCCUAAAACUACCAAGUUCCCUAAACAUGUUGAUCCACCUACCGCGAACGAAGGCAAGUCUAUCUCAUCCAAAUACCGGACGUCCAACUACUUGGAGUCCUCGGAUCUGGAUUUAUAGUUGCAUGCAAUGCCCUGUGCAUUUUUUAGCAAUCCAAUCAGGGAUCCCAUCAAUUUCGAUUCAUUUGGUUUAGUUUCGGAAAUAGAGGCUUUGCACCAUCACGUGAUGGCAGACAUGUCAGGAGCUAGUAGCAGAUAUCAGAGUUACACUCUUUUGCCUUUCAAACAAUUGUUUCAAGUCGAGGCAUUUGGGUCAAUACAAUGAAAUGUAAAACUGACCCAAAUGUAACWAUUGUCUGAAGGCAAUAAUGUGUAACUUCAAUAUCUGCUAUCGAACCUGGUCGAAUCUGAUUUACAUAAGAAAGAAUUCAGUUUCCCCAGAGGAAAAAGACUCUGCCUCCUGUCAUGGCUGCCAUCACGUUAUGGUGCAGCGCUUUUCUCGGUUAAGAGGGACUUAACCGAGAAACGUCCGGAUGUGAUGCAGGAAACUUUUCCAUGUCUCUAGCAUUUUUCAUGGUUAUAAAAGCUSUGCCGGCAUAGUAAUUAAUUAAAAGGUAAAUCUGUUGGUAAAUUUG